GUGCGCGGCCCCGCGGAGACGUGCAGGCGCCCGCGUAGCCUGAAGCUGAGGUGGCAGCCCUCCGGCCAACAUGGAGCUGCCACAGAUGUCGGAGCUGAUGGGAGUGUCGCUCUUGCUCGGGCUGCUGGCCCUGAUGGCGACGGCGGCGGUAGCGCGGGGGUGGCUACGCGCAGAGGAGGAGACUAGCGGCCGGCCUGCCGGCCAAAAAGCAAAUGGACUUCCACUUGACAAGUCUUCGAGAUCCAAGAAACAGAAACAGCAACAGCAUAUUCGUAAGGAGAAGCCUCAACAACACAACUUCACCCACCGUCUCCUGGCUGCAGCACUGAAGAGCCACAGUGGGAACAUAUCUUGCAUGGACUUUAGCAGCAAUGGCAAGUACCUGGCCACCUGUGCAGAUGAUCGCACCGUCCGCAUCUGGAGCACAAAGGACUUCCUACAGCGGGAGCACCGCAGCAUGAGAGCCAAUGUGGAACUGGACCAUGCCACCCUGGUGCGCUUCAGCCCUGACUGCAGAGCCUUCAUUGUCUGGCUGGCCAAUGGCGAUACCCUCCGUGUCUUCAAGAUGACCAAGCGAGAGGAUGGGGGAUAUACCUUCACAGCCACCCCAGAGGACUUUCCUAAAAAGCACAAGGCACCUGUCAUCAACAUUGGCAUUGCUGACACAGGAAAGUUCAUCAUGACUGCUUCCAGUGACACAACUGUCCUCAUCUGGAAUCUGAAAGGUCAGGUGUUGUCUACCAUUAACACCAACCAGAUGAACAAUGCACAUGCCGCUAUAUCCCCUUGUAGCAGGUUUGUGGCCUCAUGUGGCUUCACCCCAGAUGUCAAAGUUUGGGAAGUCUGCUUUGGGAAAAAAGGUGACUUCCAAGAGGUUGUACGAGCCUUUGAACUGAAGGGUCACUCAGCAGCUGUCCACUUCUUUGCUUUCUCCAAUGACUCCCGGAGGAUGGCCUCUGUCUCCAAGGAUGGUACAUGGAAACUGUGGGACACAGAUGUGGAAUACAAGCAGCAGCAGGACCCCUACUUGCUGAGGACAGGCCGCUUUGAAGAGGCGAGCACCAUCCCCUGCCGCCUGGCACUGUCCCCUGAUGCUCAGGUCUUGGCUUUGGCCAGUGGCAGCAGUAUUCAUCUCUACAAUACCCGGCGGGGUGAGAAAGAAGAGUGCUUUGAGCAGGUCCAUGGGGAAUGUAUCACUGACUUGUCCUUUGAUAUCACUGGUCGACUUCUGGCCUCCUGUGGGGACCGAGCAGUGCGGCUGUUUCAUAACUCCCCUGGCCAUCGGGCAGUGGUAGAAGAAAUGCAGAGCCUCCUGAAACGGGCCUCCAAUGAGAGCACCCGCCGGAGGCUGCAACAGCAGCUAACCCAGGCCCAGGAGGCCCUGAAGAGCCUGGGUGCCUUGAAGAAAUGACUCUGAAGGGUGUAGCAGGAAGGAUCUGGCCUUCUGUUGCCACCACUGCUGCCACUUUUCUUCCCAGGUACUCACCAGCUGGAAACCUUUUGAAAGGGUAUCCUGUUUUUUUUAAUGGUGGCCCCUCUACCCCCACCCCCACCCCCCCUUCCAUUGAAGCUGUUCUUGCCUAUUUGAUCUCUUUCUCUUCUUGCUGGUUGACUCCUAGCCUUACUUGAUCUCCCAACAUAAUGACCAAGGUGCUUUCUCCUGAGCCCAAGGGGCAGAAUCUGUCUUCACUGGUCAUUGAGGAGAGUGGUAAAUAGAAGAGACAGGAAACAUGGUCUUUGACCUUCUGGUACCCAAAGAAGUUUGUAAUUUUAGAGGCAAAACCUAAAGAAUGCCCAAGUACUGCCCUGGCCGGUAUUUCUCAUUGGUUAGAGCGUUGGCUCGGAUUUAAUUCCUAAUAAAGGGCACGUACCUGGGUUGCAGGUUUGAUCCCCAACCCCAGUCAGGAAUGUGCAGGAGGCAACCAAUCGAUGUGUCUCUCUCACAUCAGUGUUUCACUCUCUCUCUUUCCUUCCCUCUGUCCUCUUCUCUUCCCCUCUCUCCCUCCCGUUGUCCACUUUCUCUUUAUAAAAUAAUCAAUGGGCCCAGCCAGUGUGGCUCUGUGGUUGAGCGUCAACCUAUGAACCAGGAGGUCACGGUUCAAUUCCUGGUCAGGGUACAUGCCCAGGUUGCGGGCUCCACCCCCAGUGGCGGUGGGCGGGCAUGCAGGAGGCAGCUGAUCAAUGAUUUUCAUCAUUGAUGUUUCUCUUCCUUCCUCUCUGAAAUCAAUAAAAAUGUAUUUAAAAAAAAAAAUCCUCAGGUGAGGAUUAACAAUGACAACAAAAAAAGUAAGUAAGGGAUUUCAUUCUGUGCCUGUUAUUUGCAAAAUGGAGACUAACCUUUUGACCUCCUUACAAAGAUGUUGUGGGGAUAUGAGAGUAUGUAUAAAGUCCUUAGAUUUGGAAGAAAAGUAGAAAAGAGUAGUUAGUAUAUGUUAUGUGUUGUCCAAUAUCAUUUAUUAACUAAUGGGUGAAAGUGAGUCUCAAAUACCAUAGUUUGAAACUAAAUUAGGAAGAAACACUUUUGGGAAGGUGAAGUUUCUGGGAUCAUAUGUUUUGUAUCUGGUUGUAUGGAGGAAUCAUAGAAUCCCAAAAUGGAGUCUUCUUUUUCAGAAGGUUAUAUCCUGUUAGAGGGGACCCCUUUUCAGUUCAUUAAACAUUUGAGUACCUACUCUGCCCACCACAGCUCAAGGCACUGGAGAUAAGUAUAAAUAAGACAUGAUCUCUUCUAUCAAAGGUGGUUGGUGGGAGAGCAGUACACUUGUCUAAUAGUACUUAAUAUUAAGUGCUUUUUGUUAGUUUAUUCGUAGCUGCAGAAGGCUGUUGUAAAAUAAAUGAUAAGACAGAGGAUUGAGCCAGGACAGAGGCAGUGGAUUUGAAGUUGAAGUUGAAGGGAUAGAUUUGAUAAGAGAUUAGAUAUUUAGAAGUUUGAAUUUUGGAGUUUAAGGACUGCUUGGAUGUGGGAUGUAAAAUAAAGGAAAUGAGAAAUCUAGGAAGACUUGAGUCUCGGUAAAACUUACUCAUCUAAAAUCAAAUUCUUAUUUCCUCUCUUUAAAACUGGGACCUCUCUUACCCCCAAUUCACAUAAAUGUUUGAGCAAGCCCCAGCCUUGGAGUUAUCAUUACUCCCUUUAGUUAACUCCUUCCACCCCACUACCACUACUACCACCCACUUACAAAAAAACUCUUUUGGCUAUAUUCCAGAUUAUAUUAUAUCCUGAAUUUGUUAUUUCUAUCCAUCUUUUCUGUUACCAUCCUGGUCCUAGCCACUGUCACCUACUGGACAAUAUAGCUUCCCCAUUGGUCUCCCUGCUUCUUUUUUUGUUUCACUAAAUCACUUUUCCACAUAGCAGAGUGAUCUUUUGAAAAUGUAAACUGAUCACAUUGUUUCCCAGUUAAAACCCUCCAAAGGCUUCCCAUCGCACUUGGAAUAAAAUCCAAAAUUCUCACCAUGGCCCACAAGGUCCUAUGUAAUCUGGCUUUUUCCUUCCUGUGUGUUCUUUAUACAACUUUCUCAACCACCCAACCUUGUUGUUCCUCAACCAAGCCAAAUUAUUUCCAGCCUUAAGGGGGACUUGUGCCUAUGCUGUUCCCUCUGCUUGGAAGCAUUUUUCUUUUCUGUUGGCUGACUUGUCAUGUUUGUCAUAAUUCAGGUCUCAGUUAAAUUACACUUCAGAGAGACCCUCCCUAAUCACCCAGUCUGAAGUAGCCCUUUCCACCAAUCAUAUAACAUCCAUCAUAUUAAGGUAUUUUAUUAUUUUUUAUUUCUGAGUGCUAUCUGAAAUUAUCUUGUUUGGAUAUUUGUUUGCUUCAGGAAUUUCAAUUUAAAUGUUUAUGGAUGUCAAGUGGGUAAUGUAGAUGCAUGAAUUGGUGUUUCUGGGUGUAAGACAAUAGGAAAUAGUAGGGACCUAAGUGGUCCCUAGAGGGCAUGUAUACUGGGUAAGGGACAGUGGUGGCUGCUAGUUAUUCAGGAAUCUAGCAGAAAUUGCCUGUUUCAGAGAAGCUAGAAGUUGACAGAUUAUUAUAAAGAGAAAAAAUUAAGCACUGUAUGGACCAAACAAAACACUAAUAUGAGCCAGAUGCAGCCCACCAGUCUCUUAUUGGCAGCUUCUGGAUUGUUCAUUAACCCACUGGAAUGUGAACUCCACAAAGGCAGACUCCUUGUCUAUCUGAUUUGCUCUAUAUCCCAAACACAGUACAUGGGACAGAAUAAGCUCUCAAUAAAUGAACUCAAACCAGGGCAAUUGACAGAAAUGUCAAUAUCUUCUGUAACUGUCCUCCCACUUCAGAUUUCCACUCUGGUUCUAUGUUCAUAAUAACAAAUUUCUGAUUGAUAAUGCUAUGCACAUGGGUCCUAGUGAAUAUUAGCUUUCUGAUUGUCAGAAGAAUAAGACUAAAAUACUUCUUUUGUUUCUAC